AUGCCAGAGUUGGGCUCACCGUUGACGGUCAGAAAAAAGUGCCUGACAAAGGACCUGUUAUGCUAUUGUAUGAACUCUUUAAUGACGUUCACUUUGACUGUUCGACAAUUGAUGGUGCGCAAAAUAAUUGUCGGUUUAAAAUGACUGUGACAGUAAAUAACAGUAAAUUCGAUGGCACAGGACCAUCAAAGAAAUUGGCAAAAAAUGCUGCUGCUAAGGCUGCAUUAGCUUCGCUGUGCGAUAUUUCAUAUAGUCCAAUGAUGCAUCCACAGAAAAAUGCACCAUUGCCCAUAGAUGAUAAAACAUCAUCCAUGGAAUUACCACAGAUACAUGCUGACACUAUUGGACGUUUGGUGCUAGAAAAGUUUAUGGAAGUUAUUAAAGGUCAAGAAUCAUAUUCACGUCGCAAAGUGCUGGCAGGCAUUGUAAUGACAGAAAAUUUAAAUUUCAAUGAAGCCAAAGUCAUAUCUGUUUCCACUGGCACGAAAUGUGUUAGUGGAGAACACAUGAGUGUAUCCGGUGCUGUACUCAAUGACUCACAUGCUGAAAUCGUAUCACGUCGGUGCUUGAUGAAAUAUCUCUACGCUCAAUUGGAACUUCAGUGCACUCAGAAAAAGCGCGUGGACAACUUCGAACCAAAAUAGAGUCGGGAGAAGGCACAAUACCUGUAAAGAGCAGUGAUGGCAUACAAACAUGGGAUGGUGUUU